GUAGUGGUAGUAAGAGAUCGGCCCGUCAGAAGGCUCGGGAGCGUCGUGAGCGGGAGAAGGAGACUAGAGAGGUUGAGUUGGCCAAUGCUAGUGGUGAUUGGAAAAGGAAUCCUCGGGGACCUGAUGAUUUCGAACGAUUGGUAUGUGGGAAUAGUCGUGAUAAAAAUAAAGUGUAUUAG